CAGUCUCCGCUUUGGGCUCGAGUUGAUUUCUAUAGUAUAUAGAACUGACGCUGCUGCUUCGCUUACAGGUCUGCGCAGAGACGCAUGUUUUGCACGCUCAAGCGCAGGCAGCGGAGAGCGCUGGAAUGAGAUUCAUGGGCGGUGGACGUAGAAAAUGACCUUUUGUGAUAACGACGAGGGCUUGGAAUUGUCGUGCUCAUCGCCAGAGUCAAUCUCUUUUUACUACACUCUAUUUAUGCUGAUUUAAGAAGUCUCCGUCGCUCGCGCAGUUUGGAUUUUCUUUCCAGAAUGGACCGCGUCAAGAGUUCAAUGCAGCAAGUCCCCAACCCGAUUCCCAAAGUGCUCAGCCGUCGCACUGGCGGUGCCAACAGUUUGGAAGUUGAAAAGGAAAACUUCGAGCGUAGUCAGGCAGUGAGCAUCAACAAAGCCAUCAACACACAGGAGAUUGCUGUCAAAGAGAAGCAUGCCAGGACAUGCAUAUUGGGCACGCAUCAUGAGAAGGGGGCUCACACAUUCUGGCUUGCUGUCAACCGCUUGCCCCUUUCCAGCAAUGCAGUGCUCUGCUGGAAAUUUUGCCACGUCUUCCACAAGCUGCUGAGGGACGGCCAUCCAAAUGUCAUUAAGGACUCCAUGCGGCACAAGGCUGACCUCAACGACAUGAGCAGGAUGUGGGGUCAUUUGAGUGAAGGCUAUGGCAAGUUGUGCAGCAUCUACCUCAAACUGCUCAUAACCAAAAUGGAGUUUCACAUCAAAAAUCCUCGUUUCCCAGGCAACCUUCAGAUGUCAAACAGACAGCUUGAUGAGGCGGGUGAGAACGACGUCAAUAAUUUCUUCCAGUUGACGGUGGAGAUGUUUGAUUACUUGGAGUGUGAGCUGAACCUUUUCUUGGGCGUGUUCAGCUCGUUGGAUAUGUCUCGCUCCGUGUCGGUGACGGCAGCGGGUCAGUGUCGCCUGGCCCCUCUUAUCCAGGUCAUUCUGGACUCUAGUCAUUUGUAUGACUACACCGUCAAACUGCUCUUCAAACUCCACUCCUGUCUGCCAGCAGAUACUCUGCAGGGCCACAGGGAUCGCUUCCAGGAGCAGUUUAAGAAGCUGAAGAGUCUGUUCUAUCGCUCCAGUAACCUGCAGUAUUUCAAGAGACUGAUUCAGAUCCCACAGCUUCCUGAGAAUCCGCCAAACUUCCUGCGGGCGUCAGCCCUCUCCGAGCACAUCAGUCCAGUGGUGGUGAUUCCGGUGGAGUCUUCGUCCCCUGAGAGUGAACAUGUAGUAGAGACAGAAGACCUGGUGGACACGGACAUCCCACCUUUACCGAGUACUGUAGACAGAAAAUUUGACGACCUCUUCGGCACCUCGGCCGCUACAGAUCCAUUCAACUUCAACAGUCAGAACGGCAUGCGCAAAGAUGAGAAAGACCGUUUGAUUGAGCAGCUCACAGCGGAGCUACAUGCCCUGAAAGAGGAGCUGGAGUCCUUCAGAUUGGAGAGUGGCCGUCUUUGUCAAGCACUACGGGGGCGUGUAAACGAGCUGGAGGCAGAGCUUGCGGAGCAGACUCACCUGAAGCAGCAGGCGUUGGGUGAGAGCGAGUUCCUGAGGGUCGAGCUAGACGACCUGCGCAGGGUCAAAGAAGACACCGAGAAAGAGCAGCGCAGCCUGAGCGAAAUUGAGAGAAAAGCACAAGCCAAUGAGCAACGCUACACCAAGUUAAAGGAGAAAUACACAGAGCUGGUCCAGAGCCAUGCUGACCUGCUGAGGAAGAAUGCCGAGGUGACGCGUCAAAUGACGGUGGCCCGUGCCGCCCAGGACGAGGUGGAGAAUGUGAAAAAAGAGAUGCAGGACCGAUUGAAAGCCGCUCAGGAUGCUACCAGUCAGCAGGAGAAGGCUCAGUUAGAGCAGCUUCAAGCUCUACAAGCCGAGCUCAUGUCCAGCAGAUCUGAACUAGAGACCCUGAAGAGUACCGUCACCUCCUCCCAACAGUCGAACGAGCAGCUCGGUACUCAGCUGUCUGCUCUAGAGAGUGAGAAGGUGGGGCUUAUGGAGACUGUAUCUCAGAAGGAGGCGGAGCUGGCCAGUUUGGGGGUGGAGUUAGAGCGUGUGCAGAGCAGUCUGACCAAUGAGAGGGAGAGUGGUGUGAAAGCUGCUGAGGCCCUGCAGAACCAACUCAAUGAGAAGGAGAGUCGUGAGCAGUCUCUGGAGAGUGAGUUGGUCUCUCUGCGCUGGGCGGCUCUGCGAGCAGCUCUGGAGGAGGCGGGAAGGAUCGUACAGGACUGCCUGAAUCAGCUAGAGGACCCCGCACACAUAAGCUGCACCAGUUCAGCCGAUUAUCUGGUGUCCAGGUGCCAGGUGGCUCUGGACUGCGUGGAGAGGCUGCAGUCGGCCAGAGUCGGCUUUGUAUCAGAUAACACAGAUGUGUCUGGACUGGUGCGGGCGGUGACUCAGUUCGCUCACCUGGUGGGCGAUGUCAUCGUGCAGGGCAGCGCCACCUCCCACAUGGUGCCGGUGGAGCAAGCUGACGCAUUGGCAGACAACGUGAAGGCGUGUGGCGCGGAGGCCUUGGCGUUGCUCUGCCAGCUCAAGGAGCAGAAGUCUAUGGGGACGGCAGACUGCAGCCGGCUGAGGGCGGCACUAGAUACCGUGAUGGCCUUGGGCGAGGUGACGCGUCCUCGACAGCUGGCGCAUGAGGAGUUGUUUUCUUGCUUUACAGCGGAUCGCAGACUUAUAAGUGCAUUACUAACAAAGAUUACAAAACCUGUGGAGCAUAACGAUUUAAUAUACUAG